GUCCGCUACAGGUGGCAGGUGGGGUUCUGUAGUCGAGCGCCGUGUGUGCGCGAGGCCUUCGCUCCACCCUCAGUGACGGACGGCAAGAACCCCCAGAAAACGUGUUGUUUCUCGAGCUGCAGAAGAAACAAUCACAAGGGUUUGUGCCACAUCAGUGAGUGUGGGGACAUGACACUGCGCAGCGUGAGGAUGUAAUCCUGCGUGUUCCCUCAGCGCCCCAAGGCUGGCGGUGGAGACCAUCAGGAAGUGCCCGGUGGUCGGUUCUUGAAGCUCGCGCUAACUUGGGCUCUUUGCGGAGACGGUGAUAUAUUAACAGAGAGAGAGAGACCGGUGUGAACUGAUGGCUUUUUUUCCCCAACAGGAUAACCUACAGGGGUAUAAAACCCAGAAUAAGUUCCUAAAUAAGGAGAUUUUGGAGCUCUCAGCACUGCGGAGAAACGCGGAAAGGAGGGAGCGAGAUCUGAUGGCCAAGUAUUCUAGCCUGGAAGCCAAGUUGUGCCAGAUAGAAAGCAAGUACCUGAUCCUGCUGCAAGAGAUGAAGACGCCGGUUUGCUCAGAAGAACAGGGGCCUUCUCGUGACGUCAUAGCUCAGCUGCUGGAGGACGCCCUGCAGGUCGAGGGCCCAGAGCAGGCGUUCGUGAAGCCUCAUCUUGUCAGUGAGUAUGAUAUCUAUGGAUUUAGGACCGUCCCAGAGGAUGACGAGGAGGAGAAGCUGGUGGCCAAGGUCCGAGCGCUGGACCUGAAGACCCUGUAUCUCACAGAAAACCAGGAGGUGUCCACCGGCGUCAAGUGGGAAAACUACUUUGCGAGCACGAUGAACAGGGAGAUGGUGUGCUCCCCGGAGCUGAAGAACCUGAUCCGGGCAGGCAUCCCCCACGAGCACCGUUCCAAGGUGUGGAAAUGGUGCGUGGACCUCCACACCAGGAAGUUCAAGGACAGCACCGAGCCUGGGUACUUCCAGACGCUGCUCCGGAAGGCGCUGGAGAAACAGAACCCGGCCUCCAAGCAGAUCGAGCUGGACCUGUUGCGGACUCUGCCCACCAACAAGCAUUACUCCUGCCCCACCUCAGAGGGCAUCCAGAAGCUCCGCAACGUCCUGCUGGCCUUCUCCUGGAGGAACCCGGAUAUCGGCUACUGCCAGGGUCUGAACAGGUUGGUGGCGGUGGCUCUUCUGUACCUGGAGCAGGAAGACGCUUUCUGGUGUCUCGUUACCAUAGUGGAGGUGUUCAUGCCGCGAGACUAUUACACAAAGACGCUGCUGGGGUCCCAGAGUAAGAAGAAUGAGGUCUUCAUCCGUCUUAAAUCCACUGAACCAGGCCCUCCCGCCUACGAGCCGUGGAGGUUGGCCGCCUCACUCCACAUCCCUGCGCCUCAGCUUCCCCAGCUGGAAGACCAGCAUCACACUCCCCUCAUACAAGUGCUCCAGUUUGAAAUUAGGUGCAUUACGAGCUUAUCCUAAUGCUUGGAUCGUAAAAACUCAAUAAAACGCAGAAGGGGAAAGCCUAUUUUAAGCAUGUGGGUUUAAGAUAAAAUUUGCAUCACGUUGUCACAUAAACACAACUGUAAAGUCCGAGGAGAUAGGUUUCUCCCUGACAAUAAAUGUCGUGGCUGCUCACGAAGGCGCAGUUAUUACGGAAUACGAGAUGUUCGGAAGAAAAUGAAAAUCCUGCGUUAUUCUACCCACACUCGAGACCACUGUUGGCAUUUUGAUAUCUUUCCUUUUUGCUUUUUUUCCCCCAAAUACAUUUUAGGUAUUCACGUUGGGGGCAAGACGUGUCCUAGCUGGUUCACACGCUAGCUCGAGCGUCUUCCCGUGUCAUUCUGUGCUUUUUCACCGCCGUGUUUGGUGGCCGUCACUCUCCAUCGGGUGAAUGCUUGUGACGAGUGUUCUCUCCUGCGGUGGGCUCCGUGUAAGGCCGCACUGGGAGUGGGGGCAGCCGUGUGUGGCCAGCCCCCAGCCCCGUGCUUCAUGAAUCCCUGUCGAACUGCCACCACGGGCCAGAUGCUCGCAGCCUCUCCGUCUGUUCAUCAGCUGAGUCCACGUUGUGUGCCAGGACCUUGGUGGGCACUGAGGAUACCGUCCUCCCACGUCCUCCUGACCUCGGCGGGGUGGGGGCUGAAUAGAGGCCCGAGGGUCGUUCCCAGCAGGCUGCUCCGCGCCGGGCCUCCUGAACCAGGCACCACCGGCCACCUGAUUGGGAGGGCCCAGGGCAUGGCUCUACUCCCGCUUUGGGGUCAGCUUGCUUGCCCUUCCUCUGCAGAAGGAAUCCCGCUGCUGUCCCUCGUCCUGCGGCCCGCUGUCCAUCCCCCUUGCCCAUGCACAGCCCCUACAUCUCUCCAGCACUGGCCGGAGCCAGGUGCAGAGCGUGUGCGGUUCAGGGGCCGUCGGACGUCCAGGCACCUCCUCUAGUGGGUGAUGCUGA